CUCUCUCUCUCUCUCUCUCUCUCUCUCUUCUUCCUUCUUCUUUCAUGGAGCUCGAGAAAAACCCUAGCAAUGGUGGAAACCAGAAGCUUCCAUCUCCCGACCUCCAAAACCCUAUCCAUGGAGACGAGGUCGACAGUUCCUGCUCUACUCCGUACGUCUCUGCACCUUCAAGCCCAGGCCGUGGGGGGCCAUCAUUCUUCUUCAGCGCUCCUGCAAGCCCCAUGCAUUACAUCCUCUCAUCCUCCGCCUCUCUCUCUUCUCCGCCGCCACCUUCUUCCUCUGGAGAUAUCACCGUUCAUUCCUCGGCUGAAUUCGAAUUCUCCUCCAGAUUGCCUCCCUCAACUGCAUCCCCUGUCGGAUCCAUGAUCUCCGCCGACGAGCUCUUCCUGAACGGCCAGAUCCGGCCCAUGAAGCUCUCGUCUCACCUCCAGCGCCCCCAGAUCCUUGCCCCGCUGCUGGACCUUGAAGAAGAAGACGAGGAAAGCAAAGGGUCCGAGCGGUCAGUCGAGAGAGGGCGAGAUCUAAGGCUGCGGAGCAGGUCCGUACACAGACGGGCUAGAUCUAUGUCGCCGAUGAGGAAAGCGCCGUUCCAAUGGCAGGAAGAGGAGGAAGACGGAGAAGAUCGAGAGAUUGACCGUCCGGAUCGAAAGCAGGCAGAGGAGAUGGAUGCAUCAACAGCAUCUACACCGUCCGUUUCAGCAUCGACGUCUCGAUCUUCGUCCGGAAGGGGUUCCAAGCGGUGGAUUUCAUUAAAGGAUUUUUUGUAUAGAAGCAAAAGCGAAGGGAGAGGGAAUGGGAAGGAGAAGUUCUGGCACACGCUAUCGUUCUCUCCUUCUUUGAGGGAGAAGAAAUCUCCGCCGUCGGAAGCGACAACCGGAGGAGAGAAGGAGAAAGGGAAGUGUCAGAUGCCGCCGAAGAAGGCGGUGGCUGGAAAGGCAACAAAUGGGGUGAGGAAGAGGCGGGGCCCAGCACCAUCCCCCCACGAGAUGUUUUAUACUGCAAACAGAGCGCAAGCGGAGGAGAUGAAGAAGAAGACAUUCUUACCGUACAGGCAGGGGCUUUUGGGGUGUUUGGGGUUCAAUUCCAAGAGCUAUGGAGCUUUGAAUGGGUUCACCAAAACCCUAAAUCCAGUCUCUUCCAGGUGGGCCUGGUGAUGUUAUGUUGCUUUCAUUGCCUUUGCAUUGGGACUGUGAGAAGCUCUAUUUCCUUGUUUUCUUAUCUUUUUGUAGCUGUAGAUGGAGCUUUGCUCAGCCCACACGCAUGUACAGAUCAGCUAAUGAACACACCACCGGAAAUGCCAGCUUGGCAGAUGGGUGAAAUAUCCAAGCCAUCCAUCAGUUGGACCUCACUGUGUCCAUGUGAGGUGGUCCAUUCUGUAGGUAUGACAUGAUACGAGAAAACUUUUCAGUUGCUUUUUUCACAACCGUACAUUUGUUCAUUGUAGCCCAUGUGACUUGUGGGCCCACCUGUGAUUGGGACAGGGAAUUUUCAAUAGUGGUUCCUGUCUGUUGGAUGGUUUGGAUAUUGCACCUGUCCACCAUGCUAGCAUACGUGGUGGUGGGUGUGUUAGCUGACGUGUACACGCGUGUGGGCUUGGCAAGGAUUUGGAUGGGGAUAGGAUUAUUAUCUUUUAUGAGGCGUGCAAGGGGCCCUUGAGAUAGGUGAGACAUGAAAGAGGUGAGAUUGAUGUCGACAUGAUAAUGAUGUUUGUUGUUAUGAUAAUGCUCGAGUUGUUGGACCGGAAUCCUGGGUACAACAGCUGUUUUACUCA